AGGUUAUGUAUAUGUCAAAUGUGCUGACAAGUUUGCGGCGGCAUUUGUUUUGAAAAAUAUUUUCUUGACUUUGUAGAGGUUUUUUCAUUGUAAUAAUGGACGGUGAUUUGUACGAUGAGUUUGGUAAUUACAUUGGGCCGGACCUCGAGUCGGACUCUGAUGACGAGCAGAGUGUUUAUGGACAGGACAACCGGGACGCCGACGAAGAUGCAAUGGAUGAUGAUGAGGACGCCGAUGCGGAGCCCGAGGCGGCGCCCAUGUCCGUCGUGCUUCACGAAGAUAAACGAUACUAUCCACAAGCAGUAGAAGUGUAUGGGCCAGAUGUGGAGACUGUGGUGCAGGAGGAAGACACGCAGGCCCUGGACAAGCCUCUGGUGGAGCCCAUCAAGCACAAGAAGUUUCAGGUGCAGGAGCAGCAGCUGCCAGAGACGAGGUACGACAUGGAGUACAUGGCGGACAUGCUGGACAAUACCAACCUCAUGAGGAACAUCACUCUUAUGGGACACUUACAUAAUGGCAAAACAUCUUUUGUAGACUGUUUAAUCAGACAGACACAUCCUAGCACAAUAAACACAGAUACCACAAUACCAAUGCGGUAUACUGACACACUGUUUGUGGAACAAGAACGUGGAGUUUCCAUCAAAUCCAUGCCAGUCACACUACUACUCAAAAAUAUAAAGGGGAAGUCACAUCUCCUGAACAUCAUGGACACUCCUGGUCAUGUGAACUUCAGUGAUGAAGUUACUGCGGCAUUGAGGAUUUCAGAUGGUGCUGUCCUCUUCGUAGACGCGGCUGAAGGUAUAAUGCUAAACACGGAGCGCCUCCUCCGCCACGCGGUACAGGAACGAGUUCCUCUGACGCUCUGCAUCAACAAGAUCGACAGACUGAUCUUGGAACUGAAGCUGCCCCCCGCAGACGCGUAUUACAAGCUCAGGCACAUUAUAGAUGAGCUAAACUCUAUGCUGGAGACAAACCAGCCGCAAGACAAUCCCGAUGAACCUGCAACUGUGUUCUCGCCACUUUUAGGCAACGUGUGCUUCGCGUCGUCGCUGUACGACGUGUGCUUCAGCGUGGAGUCGUUCGCGGCGAUGUACGCGAGCGCGCACCCGGGCUCGGGGCUGCGCGCGCCCGACAUGGCGGCGUGGCUGUGGGGCGACGUCUACUUCAACGCCAAGACCCGCCGCUUCACCAAGAAACAGCCACACGCCUCCGCACAAAGGAGCUUUGUCGAGUUCAUUUUGGAGCCCCUUUAUAAGAUUUUUGCUCAGGUGGUAGGUGACGUGGACGACACGUUACCCGCAGUGCUGAUGGAGCUAGGCAUCAAGUUGACCAAGCAGGAAGCCAAGCUGAACGUGCGCCCCUUGCUCAGGCUUGUCUGCAGCCGGUUCUUUGGGGAUUUCUGUGGUUUCGUGGAGAUGGUGGUCUCUCACGUGCCGUCCCCGCUGGACGCGGCGCCGCGCAAGGUAGCGCACACGUUCCGGGGCGCGGGAGAGGGCGCGGGGGCGGGCGCGGGGGGCGCGGGCCCGGGCCUGCUGCAGGACAUGCUCACCUGCGACCAGUCCGGACGCCUCGUCGCGCACACCACCAAGAUGUACCCCACCGACGACUGCACCUUCUUCUUGGUACUAGCGCGAAUAAUGUCGGGCACGCUGUACGCGGGGCAGACAGUGCGCGUUCUGGGAGAGAACUACAGCACGCAGGACGAGGAGGACUCGCGGAUCAUGAACGUGGGCCGGCUGUGGAUAUACGAGGCCAGAUAUAAGGUGGAGUUGAACCGCGUCCCGGCUGGCUGCUGGGCGCUGAUCGAGGGCAUCGACCAGCCCAUCGUGAAGACCUGCACCGUCGUGUCGGCCGACGAGGACGCCGAGCUGCACACCUUCACGCCGCUGCGGUUCAACACGCAGGCCGUCGUCAAGAUUGCUGUCGAACCCGUCAAUCCAUCAGAACUGCCGAAAAUGUUGGACGGAUUGAGGAAGGUGAACAAAUCGUACCCGCUGCUGUCGACGCGCGUGGAGGAGUCCGGCGAGCACGUGAUCCUGGGCACGGGAGAGCUGUACCUGGACUGCGUCAUGCACGACCUCAGGAACAUGUACUCCGAGAUAGAUAUUAAAGUGGCGGACCCCGUGGUAUCGUUCUGCGAGACAGUGGUGGAGACGUCGUCGCUGAAGUGUUUCGCGGAGACCCCGAACAAGCGCAACAAGCUGACGAUGAUCGCGGAGCCGCUGGAGCGAGGCCUGGCCGAGGACAUCGAGGCCGGGGCCGUCUGCGUCAACUGGGACAGGAAGCGGCUCGGGGAGUUCUUCCAGACCAAGUACGACUGGGACUUGUUGGCGGCGCGUUCGAUCUGGGCGUUCGGUCCCGACUCCACCGGGCCCAACAUCCUGGUGGACGACACUCUGCCCUCCGAGGUCGACAAGCAUCUGCUGGCCUCAGUCAAAGAUAGUAUAGUACAAGGUUUCCAAUGGGGUACGCGAGAGGGCCCUCUCUGCGAGGAGCCGAUCCGGAACGUAAAGUUCAAGAUCCUGGAUGCCGUCAUCGCGCAGGAACCGCUGCACCGCGGUGGAGGACAGAUCAUACCUACUGCUAGGAGGGUCGCGUACUCAGCGUUCUUGAUGGCCACACCCCGCCUCAUGGAGCCCUACCUGUUCGUGGAGGUCCAGGCGCCGGCCGACUGCGUGUCCGCCGUCUACACCGUACUGGCCAAGCGGAGAGGUCACGUGACUCAAGACGCGCCUGUGCCGGGCUCGCCCCUGUACACGAUCAAGGCGUUCGUUCCGGCGAUAGACUCGUUUGGCUUCGAGACCGACUUGCGCACGCAUACGCAGGGCCAGGCAUUCUGCCUGCAGGUCUUCCAUCACUGGCAGAUCGUGCCGGGUGAUCCCCUCGACAAGAGCAUUGUUAUAAGGCCGCUGGAGCCCCAGCCCGCCACUCACUUAGCUCGAGAGUUUAUGAUCAAAACGCGUCGGCGCAAAGGCCUCAGUGAAGACGUAUCCAUCAACAAGUUCUUCGACGACCCUAUGUUGUUGGAGCUGGCUCGGCAGGAUGUUCAGUUGAAUUAAAUGUAAUGACCAACUCAUGAGUCGUAUUAUUUAUUGUACCUGAUGUGAUAUCAAAUAAUGGGAAGUGAAUGAAUGGAAAUAAAAUGUAUGUUCACCGUA